AUGAUCCGACGAUCCUCCUCAAGUCAUCUUCCUCAUGACUCCCCUUUGAGUGUCGUCAGGUUGUUCCGCACAGGUUUGAAAAACCUACUCAAUGUUCAUCACGAUCAUCACCACCAAUAUUACUACCUGUAUUCAUCAUCCCUAAAUCUAAAGCAAAAUUCCAAAAUGAUGAUCGUAACCGAUUUUUCAAACCAAAAUCAUCAUCAAAGAAAUGUUUCUUUUAUUAGUCCCGGAAUGUUAGAUGAAUAUGGAGAGGAAGAAAAAGAUCGUGCUCCAUUGGAUGCUCGUGAAAUUAUAUCGAGAAUUAAAACUUGUCGUCAAUUAGAAGAACACCAUGAUGGCAUCACCUUGUUCAAAGAUCCCUUGAAUCAUCUCAUCUAUGGAACCACGAAUGGUCCUCAUAGAAAAAAGUUCCAACAUCGAUGGAAUUCAACAUCGAUGACACGAAUGAAAAGAAGAACUGCUCAACCUUCUGCUUCUUAUUAG